AUCUGUAGGUAAUAGGUAUAAUUCUAAGUUCUAUAGUUAUUAACAAUCAACAUCUUUGUUCUCGUUAAAAAUUGAAAAAAAUUGUGAUUCAAUUAUAUGGCUACAAGAUUUAAAUACGGCUUAAAAUACUAUCAACUUUGAUAAUCUAUUUUGAAUAUACUUUUUUAAUUAACCAAUGGACAUGCUUGUAUGUGUGCUAUAUACAGUUGAGAUACCUAGCGCAUAAAUGUGUUAAGUUUAUGGAUUUAUAUGUGCAGCCUACUGAGUUGUAAAGUAUGGAAAACGGCAAAAAAAUUACAUAUUUAGAUCCUAAUGAAGUUCAAAUAUGUAAACCUAUCACUAUGGUCAACAGUAGAAUUGACAAUUUUUUAAAGAGAAAGAGAGAUGAAAACCAUGAUAGAAAUAUGAGAAUGUAUUGUAACUCAAUAUCUAGCAGAAAUUAUUCUAGUGCUUCUAGAACAUGUAAUACAAUAGAAGCUAAACGCCAGAAAGGAUCUGAAUGCUUUGUAAAAAAGACAAAAGUGCAGAAUAAUUUAGGACCACUGAAUAAUGGUGGUUUGGACCCAGCUAGCUUAAACAGUUAUAAUUUAUCAAACAAUACAAGUUCUGUUGGAUUAAAACCAGAUUUACAUGAAAGAAUAUCAAACAUAGAAACAGUCUUAAAUAUUAAAAGUGAUAGUAAAAGUAACAUUGAUAUUUAUGAAAAAUUAAAAUCGAUAGAAGAUCAUGUAUUAAAACUAGAAAAUAUUUUAUUAAAUAUCAAUGAAAAUUACUCGAUAUCAAAUAUUUUUUCUAUUGAUCAAGAUACAGGAAUUAUAAAACACAAUCUAAAGACUGAAGAUCUUAUAAAACAGAAGAAAACCCUUUCUGAAGAUAAUUUAAUAAGAAAAGAAAUAACACCAGGAAUAUUACCAAAAAAAUCAAAAUAUUCUGCAAAUGAAAUACAAGAACUCAUUAACAAUAUCAAAAGAAAGAAUUGAUGAAAAUAAAAAUAAAUUCUCAAAUCAAUAACAAAAACAUUAAGCAUUAUUUUUAUCUUAUGUAAAAACAUAUUAAAAAUAACUGGUACUUUUAAA